AUUUGGUCUCAGCCUGCAUCAUUGAGGCGUCAGAUGGGGGCAGUGCGCGCACGGACAGCGCCCAAGCUGGGCCUGGGCCCUACCUACUUAGAUUGGCAGGAUCAGGGCCGAGCAUUGAACCACUUGGCGUAUCAAACAAAGACAAAAGCCUAACGGCCAGUCGGGCGAAGUCCCACCCUGCCCUCAUUCUGCAGGACUUGUGAGCUGAUUGGUCUGCUAGCAGCUGGCUGCGUGCUCUUGCCUAGUCCCUGAAACAUCAUGGCCAGCCACAAGCCCUUGAAAAGGCCGAAUGUGAGAACGCUUUUGAAGAGGAAGCUCCACAUUGUUCCGAGCACAUCUGCAAAACUUUUCUUGCAUUAUCCUGCGGCUGUUAGAAGGAAAAGGAAGAAGCGCAAGCUUUCAGGAGCAGGCCUGAAGCUGGAAAGCAGGACAAGUCGACGUUCUGCGACAGCGCUUGUGCAAACCCCAGUUUGCACCCUUUCUAAUACCACCACAAGGAGCUUCACAACCGCCAACUGCAUUGCAGCGCUCCGGCUCUUAGGUUACGGCAUCUUCUGACAUUCAGAGGUGUCUACGGAGCUGCCAUUUCAAGGAAGAAUGGCAGCGUCGACGGCUAUGUUCCUGGGCCUAGCUCUCUUUGCCAGCCUCAUCAGCUCAAGUAAGUCCAGACGCGCCUGGCUCGUCUAAUCAGUUCCGCUCAUGUUGCAAUGUCAGAAUGCUUUACAAGAGCUGGACGCGAAGGCUCUUGGCUUGAGUAACUCUUCACGAUUCAGUGGUAUCAUUCUUUCGGAUGGCCUUUGCCGUAGUUUGUCCACAUGUUACUUGAGCUUUCAACAGGCCAGUUCUUGACCAACCUUAGGAUGUGACAAGAACUGCCCAUGCCUGUUCUAUCGUUGCGCAGGCUUGGCCACUCAGAUCCAGUGGGCGGGGCGCACAGUAAGUCACUCUUUCACUGCUUCUGUGUCGUCAGAUGCUUGCCUCUAACGCCUAACUUGAAUGCAUCGCUGCUCUGCUCCUCCUAUUGACGUGGAGAAACGCCGACAAGGGCUCCGCUUUCGUUAUGCCCUUCUAUCAACAGGCGCUGCCGUUGCAAAGAAGCCUGAUACCCUUCUAGCCAUAUUAGCAGAAUUCGCCCUUAUCCCUACAGAGUGGCAUUCACAUGGAGACAGAGCUUCA